AUACUAAGUCUGGGCGGCAGCGUUUUUGGUUUAUCCCUGCUUUUGAUUGCUUGACCUGUGUUGACUGGAAUUGUGCAUUUUGGUUGUGAAUUGAAGCACUCUUCCAGAAUUGAAAACACCGUGUUAUAGAGCGACCAAUUAUUACCUUUUGAACGAGUCUGCACGUGAUCUAUCGAGACAGGAUAGAAUAACAGUUAUUUGUGGUGAUUGUUUAGAUUUGAUCAAUUGAACGAUUAUUGGUUGGGUAGCUGAGUGGUUAUAUUUGUUUAGGUAAUAAUGUACACUUAAAUUUAUGAUAAAUUAUAGAACCGUCAUCGUACCCAAUUACAUUGUUUUGGUUUCAAUCGGGCGACGGCGCGUAUCUAACUCAUCCAGACAGCUGUCCUUCACUCCAAACCGUAGUCUGGAUCUUACAACCAUCCUUCUUAAUACUCUCAGAGUUUAGUCCAUCAGGUCCUGCUGCUCUUUCUUGCUUUAAAUUACUCAUAGCUUUUUCAACUUCAUUAUGAGCUGCAGGACUUACUUCAGGGAUCUGCCCAUCAGACUUACAACAGCUUGUCAUUCAGGUUGCUUAGAGAAAGUGGUUAACUGAAGUAUGAAUGAAGACUAGUCGAAUUGCUCCCGAAAGUGGUCUACCUAUCGGUUCAAUCCCCUGAAUUGGGAGUGAAUAAUAGUUUUGCCUUUUUCCGAUAGCCUAACUAACAGCCAGGUUUUUAAUACCUAUCUCCCCGUUAAAUAUGAAUAGUCUGUAUUGACCUGCUUUUAUCAUGAGAACGCGAUUGGUUUAAUGGAAACAAUUAUUAUCAUAAAUAAUUGUACCAGUGAUUGUUUCACUGUACUUCUUUGUUUAACUGUACUAAAGACAUUCUUCCUGCCGUUGAUUGUGACUUUGCACGCGCUUACGUUUGCUCAGUGAUUCCGCUUGUACUUCUUUGCCACGAGAUCGCCAACAAAUAUACCUCGCUACAACCUCCAAUCGCCUUCCGAUAUCUGGUACGCAACCUUCUUGUAGCGGUGAUUAUAGUCAACUGCGACUCAACGCCACGCUACAAUUGGUGAACCCAAAAAUACAAACACUUUUCAAUCGAGGCCAAAUCUUCCAAAGAAGCCAAAUGUGGUGAGUCUAUUACUUAAGUAUCCAAGUCUGUUGCACAUUUUGACAUUGUUAUUUUUCAAUAUAUAAUAUUCUGACAACAACUUGAGAUGACGGAUAAAGAUAAAAAUAGUAUUCAUAUAAUAGAUUCUGACGUACAGGUUAAACAUUUUCGACAUGUAUCUUUGAUCCCUCAUGACCCGAAAGUUUGGCUCGCUGCAUUGGAGUCUCGGGUCGAGAACCGUCGCAUUACAGGCCAACGGCGAAAAUACGCCUACGCUCCGAAAUCUCUACCAGGGGAUCACAUAGUCGCUGUUCGUGAGGUCGUCUUUAGCCCAAUGUGCCUAACGUUUAUGAUCGUCUCAAGGAGACUAUUGUCCAUCAUUUCUUCCCAUCGAGGGAGGAACGGUUGGGGAAAUUAUUAGCACAUUGUUACGACCUUGAUGUUUGGCUUUUCUAUCACGCGACUUAUCGACCAAUCAGAAUACGAUUUAUACAAUCUUUGCACUAGGCCGAACCAAUGACGUUCAACCGGUAUGAGCAGUUUAGCGUCCUUAUUGGUCUUAUGUCCUCCUAGCCCUUCCACUUGAGUCCAGAACACAAUACCAGCUUCUGUAAUAUGAAUCGAAUCGUUUAUUUCAGACAUACUCGGUUUAUAUAUCAAUCAGACAGACCACAGCGUACCAUAAAAUAGAAAAUAACAUAUGUACACAAAUAAGCCAAAAAGUGGCUGUGAACGAGAGGGACAGCAAUUAAUAGACUGAGCACAACUUCAGAACCGUAAAUCGUACAAUAAUAAAUUAUAGGUCGAAAUAAAGCUCAUAAUAAGCGGAAUAUAAAUAUACAUAAUUUAAAUGUUCAAUGGUUUUACAAUAAGAAUAUUUAUAGAAUAUUAGUCCCUCAAUAGUCCUCGGAAGUUACCUGUAAUUUGAUCUUCACUGGGAUAUAACACACGUCACCCUCUGGGUGAUGCUAAGCCGAGCCACCACCUCACGCGCCUGCAAUCCCUUGCAGGACCUACGGCAGCUGAUUCCGAAAUUGUUGAAGAAUUGUGGCUCAAAUCGUCACCAGCACACAUCCAACCAACGAUCAAGGCCCUGCUCGAGGACGCACCACUCAUCCAGGUGGCCCUCAUAGCAGACAAAAUAUUUGCAAAACUGGUAACCGGGACAAGUACAUAGACGCCUCAACGUCAUCUUCGAACGUGGAUGUCGACACUAGUCACUUACCGGCUCAAGGAGAUAGAGACGGUUGCAUUCAUGCACAUCGUAACUUCCGAGACCGUUGAGAAAUACUCAAGCCCUACGUCCCUCGAGUCAGAUCACGCUCUCGGAAAGCCGCAUACACUCGCCCAACGAGGGCAUCUUCCAACACGGCUUCGUGUGACGAUAUAUUCCACGCUUUAUUCGAGGAAUUCCCCAAAUUAACUAAACCACCGCACACGAGGAAGCCAUAACGCUGGCCUACUUGGGAACCCACCUACAGAUUCUAGGUACUAUCCAAGUCAAGCCACCCAAUACAACGGUUUAGUCCCCCCUAAUUCGACAUGCACACUAUCUCAUCCUUUUUUAUCUCUCUCCCCCUCAACAUUACUGCUAUGGGGUCUCCAAAUGUUGAGGGCGACAAUCCCACUAUUCUGAAACCAUCUAUAUACUCCGAUUUAAUGGGGAGUAGCACAUCCUACUCAACUUCGAUAACUGUCUCUAGUCUUGAAAACUCCUUGACUGAACCCCCUGAUCAUUCUCCGGACACAUUACCUAAUCAUUCGACUCUACCUUCCACUCUUAGACAUACUUCUUUCACCAAAACCACACCCGACUACCCUUCUUGCAUUAACCCUAAUGGUAAUAAACUAAACACUCAUCAAUAUGGAGUCAACGCUCCCAAUUCUUCCUUUUCUCAGGGCAAAACAGACAAACCACUCGGUUUACAUCAUACCCUUCUACUAGACAAACAGUCACCGUACCUGACACUUAUGUUAAUCAACGCUAGAUCUGUACAAAGUAAGAUGACUUACCUACGCACCCUAUUGCUUUUAAACAACCCCUCACUUGUUUUGAUAACGGAAAGUUGGCUGUCCUCCGAUACCACAGACACAUUUCUACAAAUAGACACCUAUGAGCUCUUCCGCUGUGAUCGAGUCACCAAGAAGGGUGGUGGUUGUCUCGUCUAUGUAUCAAAAAAUUUGAGAGCGGAAACCUAUAGCGACCACGUCCUCAGCAAACUUCCUGAAUCGAUAUGGCUUACUGUGCACACUCAUGAAUGUAAAAUACUAAUCGGAUGCAUAUAUCGAGCUCCUAACACUCCUAGUUCAACUGACACUAUUAUAAGUGAGUCAUUUGCUCAGGCUGCCUCGCUUGACUUCACAUACAAAAUUGUAUGUGGUGAUUUCAACCUUCCCACCAUCAACUGGAAGACACAUUCUGGCCCAUUGUGCUUUGAAAGCAUACUUAGGUCCUUAGACAUACACGGCUGGCAACAACAUGUACACCUGCCUACACGAAAUCACAACAUUCUUGACUUGAUAUUCUGUCAUAGUGUCACACCAACAUCAAUGGUGGUUAGCGAAAAGUUUCACAACAGCGAUCAUAAAAUAGUCCUCUGCACCCUUCCGAUUCUUGCCAUAUGCAACAAAUUAAAGACAUUAAAAACGCGAUUCCAAUAUAGAGACUAUGCAAACGCUGACUGGGAAAACUUUCGAUUUCUAAUAAAGCACUCUGACUGGGGCAGUUUCUUUACCAGUAAUAACCUCUUAGAAACAUUAGAAAUAUUCAAUAUCACCACCAAAUCUGCACUAGACACCACUAUACCCUCUAAAAUUGGUUUUAAAACAGUUACUCCCUAUAUAAACCAAAAGACUAGGUCUAAACUGAGAAAACUGAAAAGGAUGUACUAUAUAUCAAAAGACUUCAGUGCCCUGCACCAGAUAUACUCUGUACUUGACGGAGUACAAAGUCAACACAACAAGCAUAAACAGGUAGAGGAACGUACUGCGCUCGCUGCUGCAUCUAAAGCCCAAGCCCUAUGUCGUCUCCUCACGAAACGCAUAAGAAAGAACACAGACAACAACAUUCAUUCCUUACUGCACGAUGGAGUAACGUAUAAUGACCAAACCGUCAUAUGUGAACUAUUAAGUGAAUGGUUUUCUCACAAUGGGAAUACAUCUGAUGCCCCAGAUAUCGACAUAAAGUGCACCGGCAAAAACUAUCUUAGAACCAUAAACUUCGACAUUAUGAGUAUACAUACCGCCAUUAAAACCCUUAAACCAAAUGCGAGUUCUGGUGCCUAUGACAUCCCUUCAAUCGUUUAUAAAAUGUCAGGGCCGGACAUACAGACGCUACUACUCAAAAUAUACACAUUAUCUUUAGAGACAGGUACAUAUCCGGAAACCUGGAAGGUAACGUAUGUUCUACCCAAACACAAAUCCGGACCGAGAAACCUGGUAGAAAACUACAGACCUAUAAAUAUCACUCCAGUCAUAUCACGCAUAAUGGAAAAAGUGAUACAAAAUCAACUAUCUGAUCACCUACUCAAGGAAGAUCUUAUAGACCCGUCACAACACGGCUUCAUUAGAACAAGGUCGUGCAGUACAUGCCUGAUAGACUUCUUUAACGAGGUUACUCGUAUGCGUGACCAGAAGAAACUAGUUAUUAUACUAUACUUCGAUAUUAAGAAAGCCUUUGAUAAAGUACCUCAUAAUCUUCUAAUCAACAGACUGAAGUCAGUUGGAAUUAUAAAUCCCCUUUUGCAAUGGAUCAAGUCUUUUCUUACGAACAGAUAUCAAAUAACCAAGAUUAACUCUAAUACAUCUACACCUCGACCGAUAACCAGUGGUGUUGUGCAGGGUAGUGUCUUGGGUCCAUUGCUCUUUAUAAUCUACAUCAACAAUAUAUGCAGGUGUUUCAGCACAGGUAAGACCUACCUCUAUGCCGAUGACUUAAAAGUCAUCUAUAAAACUGACAUUUGCGAUUUACGCAGUACUAUGCAAACAAUCCAACAUGAACUCAACAUGGUAGAUGACUGGUGCAAACGCUGGAGGUUAGAGCUCAACAUAGAGAAAUGCGGCUGGUUAUGUAUAGGAGACACGUCUCUUAAAAUGAAACUAACAAUUAGCGAUCACGCACUCCCCAGACUGGCAUCAGUAACUGACCUAGGGGUACAUUAUUCACACAGUCUUAAUUUCUCUGAACACAUCUCAGCCAAAGCAUCCAAAAUGCGGAAAUUGCUUGGCUUCAUUCUCCGUAAUUUCUAUCAAAAUGAAUCUAAAAUCCUUCUUUACAAAGUUUGUGUAAGACCUAUCGUUGAAUACUGCUCGUUCUUAUUUUCCAACCUACGUCUAUCUGAUAUACUAAAGGUGGAAGGAAUACAACGAGACUUCACCCGCAAAAUACUUAAGACUGGCUCGGUCAUUGACUAUAGUUCUCGAUGCCAAAUCUUAGGAAUAGCACCCCUUACUUACUCAACAUGUCAGAUAAUUCUUGCCCGAGAUUCACAUGAAUACGAACUUCGAAACAAAGUAUCUACGGUCAAAGUUGAGAAAUACAGAUCAAAAACUCGGGAAAACUUCAUCCUCACCAAGUAUGCAAUAAUAUGGAACAGUCUUCCUUCCGAGACUCGCAUGGCAGAUGAACUACAUACGUUUGUGAAACUGCUUGAUCAAGCCCUCACUCGCACUGAUCUUGCACGUACGAACACAUCUGCACCCCACUCAGACAUCAUAGGCUCUCUCCAUGUCUAGACCAAAAUGGACUUCAAGUUCAGUUUGCCUUAUUUUUCCUACUUUGCAGUUGUAUUAAUUACUUUUUCCACCCCAUUUCUUCACUUGAAGUAGACAGGUAACUCACUGGACCUAUCAUUACUGUCAAACUAAACUCGGUCGAUAAGGGACAAUCACUACCACCCUAAAAAGUCAAGAGGACCCGACAAUCGGCUGCCUACUACCAGUGGUCUUGCAUCUAUGGAACCUGUUACCAAUCAACUGGUUAAGACAACAGAAAAUAACAUCAGCACCAAGUUACUGUGAGUUCCUUCCUGUUUAUCCUAUAUUAACUUUUUACUCUUCUGUACACAAUGUUGACUAGCAAUUAAUAUUAUUUCUCUACUCGUUCCCUUAUCCACAACUCAUACUUCUAUACUUUUUCCGCCUGCUUAAAUAAACAACUAUCCUACAAUAUACCCUUCUUAACGCUUAUACUCUGUUUGGCAAACUAUACUUUAUACUAUAGUCAACAGAGGCACUGCAUCGAUGCUUUACCCACAGUCCACAGCUUGUAACUGCCUGAUAAGCUUGUAAAAUGGUACUUAUAGAAAUAGUGCUUUCCAACAAGUUGUGAAACAGAGGAUUGUGUGAGGUAUGACGUAUAUACAAAAAUAAGCUUAAAUGAGCCUAACAUCACAAAAGGAGGGAGGGUGGAGUUACUGACCAGCAAGCAUUGAUGGUGAGGGCGAUAACUUCAAUCCACCCGUGUUUGUGGGGACAGAACAUUUUGUAUGUAUCAGGCUCUUUAUAAUUGAGAAUAAGACAGUCAAUCUAAGAUAUAGAUUGUCUUCCUACGCUCACCACUCAGACUCAUGUUUCCAAUAAUAUGCUGGAUUAGCUAUUCUACUAAGACAACCUAUAACAUGCCAACUCGGACUUUUACACUAGGAUUGCGUGGCUGACAUCGGAUGGAC